AAAAGCAGACGAUGAUCACAAUGAAUCCCCUAGGAAACAGAAAAAAGGGGAAAAUGAAAACGGCUCCAGUGGAAAACAAGCGCCAACUAACGUGACUAGCGCCUGUUCCAGUCAAAUGAUAGCAGAUACGGAAAAUGAGUCAGAUAUUGACGAUUUUUUAAGGGAGGAAAAAGACGAAGAAUCAGACAAUGAAGCUGGAACAUUUCUAGAAGAUUUAGACGAUUUUUUCUCUCUGCAGCAAAUUACAGGAGAGGAAGUUAGUGACCAUCUAGCAAGUAUCACUAACAAAGCUCUUCGAGUUUCCGACAAAAAAGAUGCAGAAAAAAUCAAAGAAUUCAGGGAAAAGUACAAACGACCCAAAAAUGUAGAAAAUCUUCAAGUUCCUACAGUAGAGGAGGUCGUCUGGAGACAACUUCAGCCGAAUACAAAACAGGCAGACUUUCUUCUACAAAAAGUAACUGGAAAUUAUGGGCUAGCGUUAACACCAAUUCUCAGAGCACUGGACCUUUUGAAAACAAAGGGUAGCCAGGAGGACAUAACAAAUUGUCUGAUGGACACUUUCAAAAUACUGUGUCUUACGUUUAAGGCAACAAAUACCUCUCGAGGAGAACGCAUUCGCCGAGAUAUUCAGCCACAGUUUAAGGCUAUAUGUGAUAUUGAGCCUUCAGCGACACAACUCUUUGGUGACAAUCUCCAGGAAACAUUAAAGAAACUCAAGACGACAAAGGUAAAACUUGGAAACCUUUCGCACACAACAAGCAGGCCUUUUUUAUCGAAACGGGGGGCUCGAAGAUGGGUUAUCGUCCUUACAAUCAUCAGAACCAAAGGAGUGCCCCCCACCGCAAUGCCUUCCAAAACAAACGAGUGGACCAUCAGAAGAAAAGAUUUGGGCCACAAAAGAACAACCGGAAGUAAAAAACCCUUCUACCACGUAUACUGCAAAAGAUAGACGAAGACAAAACAGAGGCUGUCAUAGUGGCUCCAAUCUGGCCAACACAAACAUGGUGGCCCAGUCUACUUCAACUACUACAGGGGACAUGUUACAACCUGCCAAAUCC